CAAGCAUGGAGGCCCAUCCACCCAAAGCCAGGAAGAGGAAAACUAAUUCUGAACGGUCAAGAGAGUUCAGAAAAAGGAAGAAGGCUUUUGUCCAAGAUAAGAUUAAGCAGGUUGAAGCAUUAGAAGAAGAGGUGAAGGAAUUGAGGAAAGAAAAUAGUGAGAUGAAGGAGAUGAUAAGGAUGUUGGAGGGAAGGAAGGUGGGGGGAGGGAGUAAGGGUGUGAGUGGGCAUGCUGGGAAUAUACAGAAGCGUACUUUUGAUAAUACCUUGCAGGAAUAUGAGGACUAUUUUUAUAAUAGUUUGUCGAAAAAGCUUCAAAGUAAUCCUGAUGAAGUCAGAUUCUCGAUGAUAGAGCAGACUUUUGAGCAUGUUUAUGAUUGGAGUGAUGACAGGAUAUCAUUCAUAAAGAAAUGAUUUAAAGAUAUUCUUGACAAUAUGCUAAGUCUUGAAACCAAAUGUUAUCAAACUUGUCUCAAGAAUUUUCCUUUAUCUUCAUUUGUAAAGAAUCAAAGAAAUAAGAGAAGACACAAAAAAUAUUUUCAAAAAUCUACUGACAAUCUUACACCUAAAGAAAUAUCGACUAACAUCCAGUUAAGAGAUGAAGUAAUAGAUUUUGUUGACAAAAAUUCAAAAUAUUUUCAUAAUUGGAUGAAACAAGCAAGGAAAAUAGCCAAAGAAUUGAUUAUCCUGCGUAACAAUUUACUCAACUCCUACCAAUCCCAAAAAAAAGUCUUCGAAAGCUCUGGCUACUCAAACUGGUUCAAAAAAUCCGACCUCAUAAACACCCUCAAGCUCGUGGACCAGCUCAAAAACACCAAAUUCCUCACCCCUCACUAUCUCUACAACAUCCCUCCCAAAACUCACUCAAACCCCAAAUACGAAGAGGGAGAACUUACUGAAUAA